UGCUCUCGGCGAUUUUCGCUGUUGCUGGCUUUUUCAGGAGCUGCUCGCUCGCAGCCCGAGACGCUGCAUUUUUUUCCGGGUUCGGAGCCAUUCCGGAUGCUUUAGGCUGCCGGAUGUCUGAUCUCCGGAUAACUGAGGCGUUUCUGUACAUGGAUUAUCUGCCUUCUAAGCAUUUUUAAUGUGUAAAAUCACUGUUGAGAAUACAACACUAUAUAAGGACAUUCUGUAGCUGCUGUUAUGUCUCUGUCUCACCGUUUUGUCACAGAGGUCACGUUUUUUUAAUUGAUGUGACAUUAGAGGGAUUUUUUUCAUUUUGGUGGCUGGAGAGUUUUCACCCAGCUGAAAACCAUCAACCAUUUAGACUCCAUGCUUCAUUUGAAUUGUGAUUCUGGACGCAAGUCAAGGAUGACAACUUGUUUUCGAGCACUUUGCUGCAAGGGACCAGCACCUGCGCGCCCUGAAUAUGACUUGGUUUGCAUAGGUCUCACAGGCUCUGGGAAGACCAGUCUGUUGUCCAAGCUCUGCAGCGAAAGUCCGGAGAACGUUGUGUCGACCACAGGUUUUAGUAUAAAGGCAGUGCCAUUCCAGAACGCCGUUUUGAAUGUAAAAGAACUUGGAGGAGCUGAUAAUAUCCGGAAAUACUGGAGCCGCUACUACCAAGGAUCUCAAGGGGUAAUAUUCGUAUUAGACAGCGCCUCUUCAGAGGAUGAUUUAGAAACUGCUAGAAGUGAACUGCACUCUGCUCUCCAGCACCCACAGUUAUGCACUUUACCCUUUUUGAUAUUGGCCAAUCAUCAAGACAAGCCAGCAGCUCGCUCAGUACAAGAGAUCAAAAAGUAUUUUGAACUUGAACCCCUGGCCCGUGGGAAACGCUGGAUUCUGCUGCCCUGCUCUUUGGAUGAUGUGGACACACUGAAGGACAGCUUCUCCCAGCUCAUAAACUUGUUAGAAGAAAAAGACCACGAGGCGAUGAGAAUGUGAGACCUGACCCAGAAGUUCUGGGAAAGCCUUGAACCCACCGUGUUCGUUACCCAUCCUGAUUCCAUGUUGGUAUCGAGACUGGCCCGGCUUCGGUGUCUAUUUUCCUCUAGCUAUUUCAGACUUUCAUCUCUCUGUUAACGUGACUAUUCUGUAAGUCAGGUGGAUUAUCAUCGGCAUUAGCAUCAAGUACACACUACUGAGAGAGAAUUGAUUCUCUGUUUACCACUAAUUAUCUUCACCGCAUGUCUCUUCCUCCUGUUGGUCUAAGAAUCUCUUCUCUGCUUUGUGGUAAAGUGGAUGGAACUCACGGCUCAUGGAAAUGAAGACCUCAGAAAGGCUCACAUGUCUACACUAACUUUCCUGGACUUGGGAUUGGAGGAUUCUGAGAUUCCACACAAUGUCUUCAACAUUGACAUUUCCAUGAUCUCUUAGGGGCUCGAAUUUUUUACAUCUUAUUUUAUCUCAUCUGGUUUUCAUAUUAUUUUCUUGUGUGUGUGAGGAUAUAGUGACUUUGUAGGGUGAGUAUAAAAUGGCCACCCAAAACUUCUCCCAAUCAUCUUCUCAUAAAACUGACUCUGAAAAAUCUAGAAAGUAGACAAGUAAGGAUUGCUUGGUCCUGCCUGUAGCCCUGCCCCCUUCCGUAGGAGGGCAUCCUAGCUGAAGGGGUGGGAUCCAGUUUAGGCAGGAACAGGCAUCACUGAUUUGAAUUUGGUCAACUCUUGAAAUAUUUCUUAGCGGAGUCACUAGUCUGCAUAAAACCAAGCUGCAGCGUAAGCAUUAGCUUUUCCUAAAAAUCAGAAAUGUUGGAAUGAAAUCCGGAAAAUGGCUUUUCAAAUAAUACACGUCACAGCCAAAGUGUAAUUCACAGCUAGGACUUAAGCUGGCAUUGAUUUGAUGAAGCUCAAUAACUCUGUUAUUCAUUCAUCAAAUGCUAAUGUCACUUAGGGGAGUCUGCUCAGGCCUCCAUUGAGUAGUCAAAGGUCUGUCAGUAUUUUUAUUAUAAACCUCUAUUUUCAGGGGUGUCAAUGUGCCCUUAGAGUAUGCUGGGCUACAGCAAAUAAAUAGACUCAGUCUUUGAAACUAAUUUUUUCCACUUAAUUUAAAUGAUAAAUUUGCCUAGAAUAAAAUGUACAGUUUUAGUAAGAGUUAGCACCUUUGACCUUUUCUAAAUCAGGACUAAUCUAUGAAUAUUCCGGUUCAUAGAUGAAAUAUUCUUUGGCAUAUCUGUAGACACUUGACCACUCAUUAAAAUACUAAGUGGCCAAAUGAUAGAAAACUGCUUCCUACACCCAAGCAAUAAAAAACAUGCCUGCCAUUUUUAGUUAAUGUAGACUGAGACCCAGAUGCCACAGACUUAAUGCCGUGUCUAUCACAGGGUGACAGGAAACCUUGUGACUCCCCCAAGGAUAGUCCUCAGACCCAUCACAUCUCUCAAAUGCAGUAUUUGUGAUUUCAUCUUGUAAAUGGAUUUUAAUAACAACAGCCCCACACUUCUUUAAGCCUUUUUAAGUAUAUAUAUACACACACACAGCAUGGACCAGAGAAGGACCCAUGGCGAUUCAUUUUGUCUAAAGUAUCCUUGAAUGUUUUUAAGACUGUGUGAUGACCCACAGGCAGCACAAACCUUUAGUCCCCAUGACCAGUCACACAAGUCCUGUUUUCAUUUUGUCCUCUUGUGCUCAUCUUCCGUGAAAAUAAAUAAAUAAAUGAUUCGGGGGCUUUUUUUUUU